AGGAUGCCUUUGGUCAGCAAGGAAUGGGUUCGCACAAAGAUCGUGUGCACUAUCGGCCCGCAGACUCAGUCUGUCGACAUGCUCAAGAAACUCUACGGUGCUGGCAUGCGAUGUGCGCGCAUGAACUUUUCUCAUGGAUCGCAUGAGUACCAUGCUCAAACCAUUGCUAAUGUGCGCUCUGCCAUGUCGGAAGUCAAGGGAAUCUGUGCUAUCAUGCUGGACACAAAGGGACCCGAGAUUCGCUCCGGAAAGUUGGAAGGAGGAGAGGCAAAGGUGGAGCAGGGGACCGAGUUCACCCUCAAGUACUUCCCCGACGACCCUCAGGGCGUGCAGAACAAGGGAAACUCCUCGUGGGUCGCUCACGAUUAUGCGAACCUUCACAAUGUGUUGGACGUUGGGAAGGAAAUCUGCAUCGACGACGGGCUGCUCUCUCUCACCGUCCUCAGGAUCGAGGGGACCAAUGUGGUCUGCAAGGUGAACAACUCGGUGGCUCUCGGAGAGACCAAGGGCAUUAACCUUCCCAACACUCCUGUGGAUCUCCCCGCGAUCACGGAGAAGGACAAGUCUGACCUUAUCUUCGGAGUACAGCAGGGCGUUGACCUCAUUGCUGCUUCCUUUGUGCGCAAGGCUGAUGAUGUUCGUGACAUCCGCAAAGUCCUCGGGCUGCCUGGACGCAACAUUAUGAUCUUCUCUAAGAUCGAGUCCCAGGAGGGUCUGGACAACUUCGACGAGAUUCUUGCCGUCUCUGAUGGAAUCAUGGUUGCUCGUGGUGAUCUUGGUAUUGAGAUCCCAAUCCAGAAGGUGUAUCUUGCUCAGAAGAUGAUCAUUGACAAGUGCAAUCACGCGGGAAAGCCAGUCAUCACGGCAACUCAGAUGCUUGAGAGUAUGAUUGUCAAUCCUCGCCCUACAAGAGCCGAGGUCACCGACGUUGCCAACGCCGUUGUUCAGGGAACAGAUUGUGUCAUGCUCUCAGGGGAGACGGCAAAGGGGAAGUGGCCUGUGGAAUGUGUGAAGAUGAUGGCGGAGAUCUGCCGCACUGCUGAAUCUUCCCUGGACUAUGUUCAGGAGUACCUGAGAAUGCGAACUUGCACCUUGGAGCAUCCGCAAUUCAAGGACCGUCCCAAUGCUGUGCAGGAAUCCGUGGCUUCCUCGGUUGUCAAGACAGCCCUGGACAUCGAUGCGGCCAUUCUCAUGGCUCUCUCUCACACCGGAGCCACAGCCCGUGCGGUCGCCAAGUACAAGCCCUCAAUGCCGUGCUUUACCAUCACUCCCUCGGAGCAGACUGCCAGACAGCUCUGCUUGUCUCGAGGCGUGUAUCCCCGUGUGGUUGGCUCCAUGAUAGGCUCGGAGCAGAUUCUGGCGCAUAAUUGCUCGAAGCUCAUCAAGGAAGGAGUGAUAUCCGAGGGUGAUAUCUGCGUUUGCUCGCAUGGCGACAAUCACAGCUCCCCAGGGUCCACAAGCGUGAUGAAAGUUGUGGUAGCCAAGUCCGUGGUUUGAAGUUGAGACAGCGAAGCCUCCGACUCGUUUGAGUUUCCGAAAGAAGUUUACUCGCAGCUGGGCUUGUAGGAUCAUGAAUAAAAUGCUGAAGUCC